GGAGGGGGAAGCCCCCGCCCGUUGGGCUGUCCGGCCCGCAGCACGUGUGUGGGGAUCCCAGGGGGCAGAGCCGGCAGCGCGGAGCCUCCCCGCUCGGCGGCUGUGCGGGAUGGUGGCGGGGCCCGAGGCGCGUGCCGGAGGCGCGGGGGGCCGGUGAGUGGUGCCGGCGCAGCCCCCGUAUGGCCCGGGGCGGGUAGAGCCGAGCGCGAGGCCAGCGCGACUGGCAUGGCCGGCCAGGGCAGAGCCGGCAGGCGCAGGAGGCUGUAGUGCGGCCGGCCCGCCGGCUGGCAGUGUUGCCAUGGCGUUCACGGUGGCGGAUUACACCGUCUUCGUGCUGCUGCUGGUGCUCUCCUCCGCCAUCGGGCUGUUCUACGCGCUGAGCGGCGGCCGGCAGCGCACGGUGCAGGAGUUCCUGCUGGCCAACCGCAGCAUGAGCUUCCUGCCCGUGGCGCUGUCCUUGCUGGCCACCUUCCAGUCGGCCGUGGCCAUCCUGGGCGUGCCGGCCGAGAUCUACCGCUUCGGCACCGAGUACUGGUUCCUGGGCUGCUGCUACUUCCUGGGCCUCCUCAUCCCCGCGCACGUCUUCAUCCCUGUCUUCUACCGCCUCCACCUCACCAGCACCUACGAGUACCUGGAGCUGCGCUUUAACAAGGCUGUGCGUGUGUGUGGCACCGUCACCUUCAUCUUCCAGAUGGUGAUUUACAUGGGGGUCGUUCUCUACGCACCCGCGCUGGCUCUCAAUGCAGUGACUCAGUUUGACCUCUGGGGGGCGGUGCUGACCAUGGGGCUCGUCUGCACCCUGUACACCACCCUGGGCGGGCUGAAGGCCGUCAUAUGGACCGACGUCUUCCAGACGCUGGUGAUGUUCGCAGGGCAGCUGGCCGUCAUCGUGGUGGGCACUGUCAAGGUGGGCGGCAUGGGGCGGGUCUGGCAGCUGGCGGCUGAUCAGGGGAAGAUCUCUGGAAUUGACCUCAACCCCGACCCCUUUGAGCGUCACACCUUCUGGACCCUGGCCGUCGGGGGCGUCUUCAUGAUGCUGUCGCUGUACGGCGUGAACCAGGCCCAGGUGCAGCGCUACCUGAGCUCCCGCACCGAGCGGGAGGCCGUGCUCUCCUGCUACGCCGUGUUCCCCUGCCAGCAGGUGGUGCUCUGCCUCAGCUGCCUCACGGGCCUUGUCAUGUUUGCCUAUUACCAGGAGCAUCCGCUCACGGAAGCCCAGAGCCAGGCCUCCUCGGACCAGCUGGUUCUGUACUUCGUCAUGGACGUCCUGAAGGACCUGCCCGGCCUGCCCGGCCUCUUCGUCGCCUGCCUCUUCAGCGGCUCCCUGAGCACAAUUUCCUCGGCCUUCAACUCCCUGGCCACGGUGACCAUGGAGGACCUGAUCCACCCCUACUUCCCCGGCCUGCGGGAGUCCCGUGCCACGCUGCUCUCCAAGCUGCUGGCUCUCAGUUAUGGGCUGCUCUGCCUGGGGAUGGCCUACCUCUCCUCCAUGAUGGGCCCCAUGCUGCAGGCUGCCAUCAGCAUCUUCGGCAUGGUGGGCGGCCCGCUGCUGGGACUCUUCUGCCUGGGGAUGUUCUUCCCGUGUGCCAACCCCACCGGUGCGAUCGCUGGGCUGGCAGCUGGGCUGACAAUGGCCUUCUGGAUCGGCAUUGGGAGCCUGGUGUCCAACCUACGGGCGGCCCCCUCGGCCCCGCCGCUGUCCAACAUCACCGACUUCCCCCAGACCAGCAGCCUGAGCACGGCCUUCGCCACCACCCUGCUGACCUCGACCCCAGCCCCAAAGCGCCUCUCGGGGCUCCAGAAAUUCUACAGCCUGUCGUACAUGUGGUACAGUGCCCACAACUCCACCACCGUCAUCCUGGUGGGCCUGCUGGUGAGCCUGCUCACGGGCCCCACCAAGGGAGCGACCGUCAACCCUCGCACCAUCUACCCCGUGCUGCCCCGGCUGCUCUGCUGCCUGCCCCAGAGGUACCGGGAACGGCUGAGCUGUGGGGUGGGCUGCUCCGCUGAGGACGGGGGCUGCGUGGAGCCGGCGCCCCAUGCCCCGGAGAAGACCAGCAACGGGAUGCUGAAUGGCCCCCUGGGGGGCCUGGCCCGUGCGGAGGAGGCGGAGGGCGAGGGCUUUGCCAGGCCGGAGGGCACUCACACCUACAUCCUGCAGGAGACGUCGCUCUGAGCGGGCGGCCCCAGGCGGCAGAGCGGGUGGAACGCAAAGGCCCCGCUGGGAGCACUGGUCUGGCCCCAGGAACGGUCCCGCUGAGCGCGCACAGCAUGAAGGGGCCGCUCCCCUCCUGGGGCGGGUUCCUGCCCCCCCAGGCGCUCCCUGGCCCCUGCGUGCGGCUCAGGGCUCCACGCACACUCAGGCCGCAAAGCACCAAAUGCCCCAGGGUGGCUGGCGCCCACCCUGCGCUGCCGGAGCCCGGCUGCUGGAGUCAGGCCCCAGCCUGGGGCUGGCGUAGCCCUGCCUUGCUGGCCACUUGCCCACAUGCCCUGCGGGGCACAGGGGUUAACUGCUGUGCUGUGCCAAGCCCGGGGGGCGGGUGAGACCGCACUGGUUCCCAGGCCUGGAGCUGGGCCGUGCACUGAUGCACCGGGCGAUGCUGUGAGGGGACCAGCCGGCCUCCCGCUGCGUGGGGCCAGGCCCUCGUUUCUACGUGCGCUAAUCCCUGCAGUCUGUCCGUCCAUCCCUGCACAGGCCUCCCCUGCCCAUGGGGGGCGGAGGGGGUGUCUGCAGGACCCCUGGACCCCCCCCCCAUUUCCUGAGGUCUGGGCUGUCUGCCCCUGGAGCCAAGGGCCCUGUCCCUCAGCCUCCCCCUGGCCUGCUCUGUGCCCCGACGCUGAGAUGGGCCCUGCUCUAAGUCUUUGGUGCCUCCUACCAGACUCUGCCCUGGCCCCACCCGGCGGGGGCCACGUGCCUUUCCCUGCCAUCGGGCCCCAGCCCCUGGGCUCAGGUCAGCUCAUGACGGGGGGGGGGGGCGAGGCUGGGAGCUGGCCCCUUGGGGCUCUGGCAGGAGGCUGAGUGGGCCCAGCCCGGGGCAGCACCUCCCGCUCUGGCUGUGGGGCGCUGGGAUUCUGCACUGCAGCCCUCGAGCCCGUUUGCCCCAAGCUGCACGGUGUUCUGGGAGCUGGAGUUUGCUCAGGUCCCGGCUCCAGUUGCAGGUGGAGAUGAUGGACCAGCUGCAUUCCUGGGGGCUAUGGGGGCUGCGGCUCUGCCCUUGGCACCUGGGCCCACCCCCUGCUGUGCCCUGGCGCCUGGCACUGCACCACCUUAGGCUCCCUUUUGCCCUGGCGCAGAGCCCAGCCUGUGCCCCCCAUGUUACCGUGACGGUGCUGUGGGGUAGAUUGGGGGUGACGCAUGCAGCCACGGGGCGGGGCCAGCAUGGGCGGCUGCCUGCUCCCAGGGGCCCCGGGCAUGGCUCUCCCAGCGGGGGGGCUCGGGCUGCUCCUGCGGGAGCUAGUGGGGGGACAUAGGCCACAGCUACAAUUUGCAAUGAUGCCCCCUGCUGCCAGCCCUCCCAUAGCCAAUGUCCCCCACUUGCAGCCUCCUGCUCAGUGCCCCACAGCCAGUCCCCCUGUUCUCAGACCCCCCACCCCAUCCCUGACCCCUGCUCCCAGUGCCCCACAGCCCUGUUCUCAGACCCCCCACCCCCUCCCUGACCCCUGCUCCCAGUGCCCCCCAUCCCUGCCCCCUGGGGCCCUUCCCUGAUUCUGUUCAAAGAGUUGUUCUAAUUGUUCGUUAAUUGUCUCUUGCCCCCAGCACCUGGGGCUGUUGUCUCAGUAAAGUGAUUCUCUGUGA